AUCACAACCAAGUGAAACAGUUUGCCAGCAACGGACGGAAGGCUGUGAUUGAGAGAAAGUGAGGGUCGAGUAAAGCAAGAAGAGAAGGGGACAUUAAGAAUAUUGCAUUCCAGGGGCCUCCGUAAUAAAAUACGCUUAAGUUUUUCAGUUUUUCAAAGCACGCCCGUUAUUCGAAGCUUUAUUCCGACCAGAGAGAAGCAGGAGGUGGAAACGCAGCCUGUCUGAAGAUGGAAGGGAUGGCAUACGGAGCGGGGAAGGCUGGGGGAGCCUUCGAUCCCGUUACGUUCUUCCAGCAGCCCCACACUAUUCUUCGAAUCGUGUCUUGGCUCUUCUCCAUCGUGAUUUUCGGCUGCAUCGCCAACGAGGGCUACGUGAACCGGCCCAACGAGGUGGAGGAGUUCUGCAUCUUCAACCGCAACCAGAACGCCUGCAACUACGGCGUCACCAUGGGGACGCUGGCCUUCCUGUGCUGCGUGGCCUUCCUGGCGCUGGACGUCUACUUCCCCCAGAUCAGCAGCGUCAAGGACCGCAAGAAGGCCGUGCUGGCUGACGUCGGGGUGUCCGCGUUCUGGUCCUUCAUGUGGUUCGUUGGUUUCUGUUUCCUGGCCAACCAGUGGCAGGUGGCCAAACACGAGGACAACCCCCUGAGAGAGGGCGGAGACGCAGCCCGCGCCGCCAUCGCGUUCUCCUUCUUCUCCAUCUUCACCUGGGGGGCUCUGGCUCUGCUGUCCUUGGAGAGGCUAAAAAGUGUGUCUUUUGAAGAAGAGUACAACAAACUUUUCACCCCCCAGCCCACACCCCCACUAGCAUAACACCCUCACCGCCCCGUAGCUGCAGAUCUCUGUCUGUACGCCUGCUUCUCAAACAUGACUGUGGCAGCCCGGGCCCCAGCGCCAUCCUCCUAUCCACGUCUGCUCUGUUUGUUUUCAUUUGAUUGUCAUUAUCAGUGAGUUGUGCUGAUUUAUCGGGUUACAGGGGCUGCUGAAAGUAGGGCUUCAUUAACGCAGUUUGUUUUUUAACACAUUAAUCUGAUGCUGAUUGAAGUCGGAAUCAGCGGGCUAACAAGCUGGCGGGAAAUUGCCAAACUUGGUUUUUCUUCCAUGAUGUUUUGUGAGGUGUUGUGUUUUCAGAUUUCAGGGAUGUCUUUUUUUUUUCUUUUCGGAGUGAAACUAAUUUGCCUGCCACCACACAUAGGAGUAGACAGCCUUAUAUGUACUGUACAAGUAUCUAAAAAAACUGUACCCCAAUACAUUUCAGCACAGUCAGAGAUUCAGACCGCUGCUUGCGUGAUUUAAAGUGACAGGUCACCCAGUGCCCAUUUGGUAGAUUAUUGCAAUGAAAUGGUUGAAAUAUUCCAGAAAGGUACUCUGCAGAUCAAGUCAGCAGCAAAAAAAAAGAAAAGAAAAAAACUCUGUCUGGACUGGAUUACUGUGUGUAUUGCUGGCCAUAUAUAGUAUAUGAAUUUACAGUAUGCAGUAUUUUGAAUAAUUAGGGCGCCCCCUGGUGGUGUGGAGCCCUAAGCGCUGACGCUUAUGUUGCUUAUUGGGUCAGGCCGGCUCUGACUCCAGGAAAUAAUUUUCGUUUUGACAUUAGAUUGACUCUUGCUGUUUGACAUGUUUCUCUUGAUCAAUGGCCUGUUUGGAGUGAUAUUAGAUAUGAGUGGUCAGAAUGCCAAUGGUGCAAAACACAGGGUAUGAUCAAUCUGAACAGAGCACACAUGUACAAUAGCAUACAUGUGAUAGGGCUAUGGAAAUGCAUAUUUAUAUGGAAAACCUCAUUUUCUGCACUCAAACAUUAACUUGUUUACAGACGUUCGCUGCUACUGUACUUUUUAUUUAUUGCUGAUCGUGCUGUUUUUGAAAUUAUUCACAAAUUUAAAAAUCCAGAACAUAGAAUGGUCAAUGUAGGUCCAGUGCCUGAUUCUGAGGUGAUUGGUGUUGGAUAACACCCGCUUUACUCACUACCCAUCUUUUGAUACUCACAUAACAUUUUGUAACAUUUUAAAAUGUCAUGAAUAAUUGGCAAGCUUAAAAUGUGGUAGGUAACAAAAAAAAAACAGAUUUGUAGACUUUGCGAUUUUACAUUAUAAAAUAUGCAACAAUAGCUUGAUUUAACAAAAGAUUUAUCCUGUGUUUACCCUUCAUGCUUUGCAAAAUUGCUCAGCUAGAAUAAUUAUUUUACUACUGAUAAGUAUAUUUCUUUGUUUUAUAUUAAUCAUUAUGUUACUAUUUGAGUAAUGCAUUGUUUUUAUCUGUUUGCCUUUCUGAAAUUUUCUUUCGCUUUGUUAUGUUUGUAAAGUUUGCUGUAAACUUGGUAAACUUUGCCAACCUUAGGAUACUACUAUUUAAAUGUAAGCAAUGGAGGAGAAUAUCUGAAUUCAUCAUAGUUUUAACUACUGACCACAGAGAUCUACUGCUACUACUGCCACGACUAUUACGACUAGUACUACACUGUUCUUCAACACUGCCCAGUCACAGCAAAUAAUAAAGAAUGUGCCAUCUCAUCAUGUGCCUGACUAAUUACCUGACAGAACAAAAUGACACAGCUGUGCCUUUCAAACAAUGGGCCUGCUCUUCAUCUGCUGAAGGCCAGUAGCCUCCAAGUGCACCACAGCAGCUAGCUGGCCCCAGAUCUGUCCUGCAUGUCUUUAGCAUUAGCACCUGGCUCAGACCUAACUGUACGGUUUCUGCGUUUGACUGGCCUGUUGCCUGCUGUGCGUUCACUUUGUUUAUAUCACAAUGGUUACUGCUGCCAUUGGUGCCUUCAUUUGUUUUUGUUUUUUUUUGUUUUUUUACAAAUUAAUGGUUUAUUAUUUGUCUAUAUUAAAGAUUGCCAAACAGG